AUGGGAGCUACAGCAAUUCAUUUACAUCCUCAAAACAAUAAAUGUAUAAUGCAAAACACAAAAAUAGAGAAACCAAGUGCAACUAUAACCUUUCUUAGAAUUAUGAUAAACACUAUAACUAUGAUGGUAUCUAUUACUACUCAAAAACCUGCAAUCAUUAAUGGGAUUACUGGUAUAGAUAUGCCAAGUGAUUUCACAAGAGCACCCCUUCAUACAGCAUUUGAUCAAAAUUGCUUUCAUCCAAACCUGGCCGGGCAUUCAAUUACUUUAAGAUUGCAACUGGCACCAGCACUUACACUAAAUUUAUUUACUGAUACUUCUAAUAUAGGUUAG